GCCGGAGGCAGAGCGCGAACAUGCCCCCAAUCGCUCCAGAAUCAACUCGACGUCGCUCCCGUGACGCGAUAACCCCUUACGCCGCCGCGUCAAUUCACCCCCAUUCUAUGUGACAUGUGACUUGGUGCAAUGAUGCAGCUACCGCUGCAGCUGAUCAUACUGUCGGUGCUGCUUUUCAGUAUUGUGCGAGCGUGUCCCUGGACCUGCCAUUGCAGAGCACAACGUAUCUACUGCAACGGGUUGCCGGAUAACUUCACUGCACUCCUGGAUAACAAUACAGUGUCCCUCGAAAUGAAGCAGCUAGAUCCAAAUCAAGUGGAGGAACUACUAGCCGAUGUAGAACUGUUUCUGCCGAAGCUCCAAAGCCUCACUGUGACCGAUAGUUACUUGGCCAAUAUCAGCUUUAUCAACUUACCGGAUCAACUCGCUUCACUAAUCCUUGUAGAGGAUAGACUACAGAAUGCCCCACAAGACAUAUUCAGUAAUUCGUCACGACUUAGGACUCUGGAUCUAUCCAGGAAUGAAAUCGCAACUAUUGAAUCUAACUCAUUUCGAACUUUAAGGACGCUAGAAGUGCUCAAUCUCAGUGCCAACGGUUUAACAAGUCUAAGUGAUUGUGCGUUUUCCGGUUUGGAAUCUUUGAGGUCUCUGGAUUUGUCUAGAAACGUACUUAAGCAGAUGGACGAUAAAGCGUUUAGGUCGCUUGUAAAUCUCCAGACCCUUAGUUUAAGUGACAAUAGACUCAAAUCUCUAAACAGUGUUUUGUUCAGUAGUUUGGUGAUGCUUCAGCAAUUAGAUGUAUCUUGGAAUAGACUGUCCUGGGUUGCACCUGGAUCACUGGAGUUGCCAGGCUUAGUCAGAUUGCUGCUAGCUGGCAAUCCUCAGUUGGGGUCAUCCACAAAAAAUGUCGUUGUGGGAACUGGAAGGACAUUACAGACUGUUGAUGCUUCUCAAACCGGACUUAAACAGGUGCCGGCAGCUCUAACUCAAUCAAUACGGACACUUCGAUUAGCAGCAAACUCUAUUAGUCGUGUAAAUAGUGGAGAUUUAGAUUCGUAUCCGUUACUUCAAUUGUUAGAUUUUACUUCAAACAAAAUUGAGACUGUGGAGGAGGAUGCUUUGGGCCGACUAGACUUCCUUAAUGUGCUCUAUCUCACAGAUAAUAAACUAAAAGAGAUUCCAAAGAGUUUACCUGAAAAACUGAAAGUGUUACAUUUAGAACGAAACUCAAUCAUCAAAGUAUCAGAUAAAGAAAUAGCGGAACUUAAUCAGCUAGAAGUUCUCUUACUUUCGGACAAUAAAAUCAAAGUGAUAGAAGAAACAGCGUUCAGUAAAUUAACUUCCUUGAUGGCGCUUGAUCUGUCACGAAAUCCAAUCGCAACCUUGCAACCAGGAUGUCUCAGUGGUCCAACGAGGCUUGAGGUACUUCGGUUAGAGUCUGUAGCCAUGACGCCAUCUACAGCUGAAACUUCUUUUCCAUUAUCUUCAACAGAACAUUUGGUAACACUGGAUCUGUCUGGGAGUCCAGGUCUAGCUAGACAAUUUUUGGCAGAUACUGCUGCGUUAGCUGCUUCCAUGGCACUUCAAGAACUGGAUUUAUCCAAUACUGAACUGGAAUUCGUACGGUCAGAUCUGAUAUACCAUCUACCACAACUAAGAGCACUACACCUGGGAGGUAACAAGCUGAAUUGCACAAAUCUCCAAUGGUUAGCUGUUUGGUUAAGGCGACAGGAUCAAGAGGAAUAUAGAGAUAUAUUCUGCGCUAGUCCAGCAAAUCUGUGGGGUACGCUACUGGUAGAUCUGCAGGAUCUAGUUGUAAAUCAGUCGCCGGAAAGCACGGCUGCUUCUCUAGGAAGAAAUACCAUAGAUCGACAAGUGACGGGACAAUAUAAUAGCAAACAAAAUAGUACAAAUUUUCUCACGUCUCCUGCGGAGAGUAACGACAUCGCACAAGAAGUAAGGAAAACUAAGUUAGUUAGUAAAAAGUUUGUGAAGAGAAUACUGGACAAUGAGGUACUUAGAAUGAAAGACGACUCCAUGCCGCUGCGAAAUUCUUCAGGUGAAGAAUCUGAAGCAACAACAAUUCGUGUAGAUAUUCUGGAGCUUAAUGAGAUAGAUUUGUCUACAGCAACAAUUCGAGAGCUCGCUCCCGCUUGGAACGCUACUAGUUCAGAAUCGGUGACGGCUGCUGAGUAUACCAACCAGAAGCCCCCGUUUUUGCAUCCUGGUAUGAUCAUCUUUUGGGCAGCAGUUUUCGGAACUGUUGCUGCCCUUUCCAUCUUCGCCGCUCGAUUUACAAGAAGACGAAAACGAACGGCAAACAGUGUUGAGGACAUUGAGGUUUCCAGUCUACAAGCUGGAAUGGUCGAGCUGUGGUGACAUCUGGUGACUACAGAUCAAAACGAUGACGAUACGAGAAUGUUGUAUGAUAACUCGGUAACCUGAGAGUCAGAUAGAGCUGACAGAAUACGAAUGGAAUUGUUUUCGUAUAUCGCCUGAUAACACAAUACUAGUGACUGAUCAAAUAUGGGGAGAAGUUCGGAAUGUUUCUAUAGAUGUUUCUCAGAUAAAUUUCUGAACUCUGUUAUCAAGCUUUGGAGCUUCGGAAAUUAUUCAAACUACUAUCUACUAAUUAGGACAUGACGUGCAUGUCGAAAUCUACAAACUAUAUUCCUGAUAAAAAAUAUUUUACAACAAAUCUAUUUAUAACAGAAGCGAGAAUCCUCCUCACGUGCACAGUUGACAUUGUUAAGGUAAAUUGAUGUAUUCUUGUAUCUAUAUAAUAUUUGUUGUGGUUGACAUUCAUCAGCACGUUGAUACGUGUUGCAUUGCAAUUCCAUCACCAAUGUUCAACAUCCAUUACUAAAAUAUUACCCUGACUAUGGACGUUAAUUAUAGAUAUGCCGUUACACCGUUUCAAACAUGCACAACGGUAAAUUAUUGAUUAUUGUCGGUGCAAAAUUCAUGCGGCGCUAACGAGGACCUGUGAAUAAUAGCAAGAUAACCAUCGCAAUGGACGCUCUGUCAAAACAGGAUGCGAAAAAGCCAGCUUUUAGAAAUGUCUGCCGGAAAAAAGGAGCGAUCGACCUACAGAGUCGAUUGCGGCUACCUCAUGGAAGAAGUUAUAAGAUGACACAUCGAUGCAAAGGGCAGUGCAAAGUUCUUGGAACCGUGGCCUAUGGGUAACGUAGUUGACGUAGCAACUGUCCAGACCAAAUCUUAUGUGACGAGUUGUACAGGUUGAGGAAGCUAGAAGAUGAAGAGUACCUCAUGGCUUUCUAAUAAACUCGAAAGUGGGUUUGAGUGCAUCAUAUUCUUGCUUUUUACUUCCCACGCCGACUGUCGUAUUGUAAUCAACAAUCCCGGAAGACCAUGUUACUCAUCUCUGUCUGUCUGUAUAUCGGUCUGUCCGCUAAUCCUUGACCCCUCUAUAACUUGGAAGAUGCCGCUCGGAAUUGGAUGACAUUUUGAAAAACAAUGUUACUACUAUUCCAAGGAUGAAAAGGCUUUAUAGUUUUAAUGGAUCCAGUGGUGGCUGGGAAAAAGACCAAUAACGAAAGAAGCAAAAAUUGAUCAAUGGUCCAAUGAGCAUUCCAAUUUUCUGUAUGUAUUAUGAAUCCAUUCAGAAGUUUUGUGCCACCUCACUCAGGUCACUAAAUUGGUCGUGACAUUAGAAUUUCGUUAAGUUCAGAAAACAUCCCCCUUUCGAAUAGAAAAUUUAAACCCCAUAAUACCUGCAUGAAGUAUAAAAUAAUCAUUACUAUUCAUAGUUUAUUGAUGCAAUGUCUGCAUUUUAAUGUGCAUCGUAAAUAUAACGAUGAGACACGCGUUUGUGAUAAAUGUGAAAUCUAUUUUGUAUGAACUCAAAGUUUUGUAUAUGGCACAUUGUAAAAUAUCAGAGAGUAGAUUAUAAAAUAGACAGUACAAUGUUUUAUAAUUCAACGUAAUAUAAGAAUUAGUAUCAUGUGUUUGUGCAACGUUAGGCCCGUAGUAGGAGAACCGGUCACACCAGACCCUAGAGUAUCUGUUAGGCAAAAGGUUGCCCACUUCCAGGCAUACUGGCCAUCAAUUAAAUAUAACGCUUGGUGGGUUGCGGUUUAAAAGAGUCGACGGGUGGGUGAAUAUGAGCCCCCCAGCGAGAUGGACCCGUCGCUCAUCUGUAUGGAGCAUUUCUUCGUAGAGGAUGAUAAAGACGGGCGUGCAGAUGUUGAAGCAUGCUCGGUUACUUACAUGCCCUCCUCUUCAUAUUGAUCACCGUGUUGUAGCCCUCCCCCACAUGUUAGGACGAGAAAAGAGUCAAAAUAAUACUUUGACCACCGCGUUUUAGUUGGCCCCUGCCAAAUGGGGGAAUGUGGAUGUUAGAAGAGAAAAAAACAGUAGACAAUCAACUUUCCUUGCAUAAGGCGUCGGGAUGGCAAAAGGUUGGCUACCGAUUGUAUUAUAUAAACACUAUUUUGCAAACGCAAUGAAAAUAUACAGGGUGUAAACGUUAUGAUAGUCAUUAUUUAAAUAGGUGAUAGAGGGGGUUGAAGGAAGCAGAAAGUUUCAUAUAACAUGGGGGUCAAAACGGCAUAAAAUCUGACAACGCCGCAAUGCCAGACGCAAAUUACGGCGGAACGCAGUGUUAAUAAAGAUGGAGUUUGUUAUUUUUGGCUCUUAGGUAUUAUUUCAUUAUUUGAUAAUGUACUCGUAAAGUGCAAACAAUUAAAAAAACGGACUUACCACUAACUGUCUCAGCGAUUUACCUGGUGUCUGAAAGUUUAUUGAACGUAUAAAAAAAAUCCACUUACAAAUAGGGAACACAAUUUUGAUACAUACAUUGUUUUUCUUUCUAAAACCCGCACUGCACCUUUUUUGCAUUUAAAGAAGGUGUUCAAAAUGUCGUCCUCCACUUUCCACACAAGCUUCAUUACGACGAACCCAAUUCCUUCUUACUCUAGGUCCUCGAAGUUGUCCAUUUAUUAUUUCAGCCGCAUCAAAAAAUUUUUCGCGACGACGUACGCGAACAAAAACAAAACAACAUACUAACCACUGUUACCGUUUGCGAUCUAUUGCCGGUUUGAUAAGAGUGAUGAUGACCGACGCGGUGUUGUCAUGUGUGUUAUAAAUAUUCAAUUUAAUGAAACUUAGUUACUGACUACAAAUUUUGGCUUAAAUUAGAAAAACUUAAUGCCAUUUAUUUGUUAAUUACCCAACUUAAAAACGUUUUAGAAUCGAUCAUAAAAAUUAUUUAGAUUGUGGUGAUUGUGGCGGAUAUAAAGCACUUAAGGUUGUAAAGCCAUUUGGACAAAAAUCUAUUGACUUUUGGACCAUGGGUCAUAUCAACCUUUUGGCUUGUUUUGACCUCCCCUAUUACCCAUUUCAAUAAUGACUACCAUAACGUUUACACCCUGUAGGCAGGGAACAUAAUGUUGAUUGCGCUUCCAACAAUAGAACGUCAAUAAUAUAGUUCUUAAAAAUUGUCUUGUCAGUUAGGCCCUCCGUGUACUUUAUAAGAAUUAGAAUAAAAAGUCCCCUAUUAGUGGCAGUUUCAAACGAUACAAAUUUAAGACUAAACUUCUUUUAACAAUCGGUGGAUAUAAAAGCUGACAUCGGCAGCUCAUUUUAUUUUCUUUAAUUCAUGUUUCUGUUAGAGACCCCCUUUAUUUCUUAAACAUUGAGACUGAUUCUACGCGUUGGCACAUGGCUUGUAAGUCUUUGCAUAUUUCUGAAAGUAGAGGGGUUACUUGUGACAUUUUCCCUGCUUAGAAACUUUCCCACAGCUCAUUAAUUUGCAUAGAUUUCGAAAUGCAUAAAUAACAUGUCGGUGCGAUUCCUCAACUUGCGGAGGCGAACUAACACCUGGUGGGCAAAGUAUUGUUCUUAAUAAACCAGCGGCCGACAACUUUUUGCCAACCCAGCGCAUUCUGCAAGAAAAAUUGGUGAUACUUUCUUUUUCCUUCUUUUUUCCCUUCUAGCGCGUGGGUAGGAUGCCCCAUCUCGGGGGGACAAACUGAAACCCGGUACGCAGAGUAUUGUUUUCAAUGAACAAUCGGUAGCCGACUUUCUGCCAACCCAGCCCAUAUGCAAGUAUCAUGUUUUUGCUUGUUUUCCACCUACCAACUAAAACGCGGUAAACAAUAUAUUUUUUUCAUACGCAGUCGGCCGUCAACCUUCUGCCAACCCAGCGCGGUUUGUAAAAAAAUAUUAUUAACCUUUCGAUUU